AUGAGGUCGCUCAUCUCCCUCGCCGCGCUGGCGGCCCUCCCCACAGCCCUCUCCCAAGCAAACAGCAGCUACGAAGACUACACCGUCGAAGCAAACCCCGACCUCUUCCCGCAAUGCCUGCAGCUCCUCAACAUGUCCUUCCCCGACUGCGCCAGCGGUCCUCUAAGCUCGACCCCCGUCUGCGACCGCAGCCUGUCCCCGCGCGACCGCGCCACAGCCCUCGUCUCCCUCUUCACCUUCGAAGAACUCGUCAACAACACCGGCAACACAGGCCUGGGCGUGCCGAGACUCGGACUCCCAAACUACCAAGUGUGGGGCGAAGCCCUGCACGGCGUCGGACGCGCAACGUUCCCAGACGAAGGCGACUUCAGCUGGGCGACGUCGUUCCCCAUGCCGAUUACCACGAUGGCGGCGCUGAACCGGACGCUGAUCCAGCAGAUCGGGGGUAUCGUGUCGACGCAGCUCCGCGCGUUCAGUAAUGCGGGACUAGGCGGGUUGGACGUGUACUCGCCCAACAUCAACACCUUCCGCCAUCCCGUUUGGGGUCGCGGCCAGGAGACGCCGGGUGAGGAUAUCCACCUUGCGUCGGUGUAUGGGUACGAGUAUAUCACUGCGCUGCAGGGUGGUGUUGACCCCGAGACAAUCAAGAUCAUUGCCAAUGCGAAGCACUACGCCGGGUACGAUAUCGAGAACUGGAAUAACCAUUCUCGACUCGGGAACGAUAUGCAGAUUACCCAGCAGGAACUGUCGGAAUACUAUACUCCCCCUUUCAUCGUUGCGGCGCGCGAUGCCAAGGUCCGCAGUGUGAUGUGCUCGUAUAAUGCCGUGAACGGGGUGCCUAGCUGUGCGAACUCGUUCUUCCUUCAGACACUGCUCCGCGAGACGUUCGAGUUCCAUGAAGACGGAUAUGUCUCUGGUGACUGUGGCGCUGUGUACAACGUGUGGAAUCCGCAUGGCUAUGCAAACAAUGAAUCCGCUGCAUCGGCCGACUCGAUACUAGCCGGUACGGACAUCGACUGCGGAACGAGUUACCAAUGGUACUUUGAAGAUGCAUUCGAGGACAGCCUCGUCUCGCGAUCCGAUAUCGAGCGCGGCGUCAUCCGUCUCUACAGCAGCCUCAUCCAAACAGGAUACUUUGACGGAGAGGACGCUCCGUACCGCAACAUCACCUGGGAUGAUGUACUCGCCACAGACGCCUGGAAUAUCGCCUAUGAGGCCGCAGUCGAGGGAAUCGUCCUUCUGAAGAACGAAGGCGACACACUCCCGCUCUCCAACGACAUCAGGAGCAUCGCCCUCAUCGGCCCCUGGGCAAACGUAACCGACGAACUGCAGGGCAACUACUUCGGCCCCGCGCGAUACCUCAUCAGCCCGCUGAUCGCACUCGAGGGGUCCGACCUGGACGUCACCUACGCGCUGGGCACCAACCUCUCGUCCGACUCAACAUCCGGGUUCGCGGAAGCUCUCUCCGCCGCUCAAGACGCCGACGCAAUCAUCUUCGCCGGCGGCAUCGACAACACCAUUGAAGCCGAAGCGCAGGACCGCCAGAACAUCACCUGGCCAGGAAACCAGCUCGACCUGGUCCAGCAGCUCAGCGAGCUCGGGAAACCCCUUAUCGUCCUGCAGAUGGGCGGCGGGCAGGUUGAUUCCUCGUCGCUAAAAGAAAAUGAGAACGUCAACGCCCUCAUCUGGGGCGGAUACCCAGGCCAGUCGGGCGGGCAUGCGCUCGUUGAUAUCAUUACCGGCAAGCGCGCACCGGCCGGUCGCCUCGUGACGACACAGUAUCCAGCUGAAUACGCAGAGGUCUUCCCGGCCAUCGACAUGAACCUCCGCCCCAACGAGACAAGCGGGAACCCCGGGCAGACAUACAUGUGGUACACCGGCACCCCCGUCUACGAGUUCGGCCACGGCCUCUUCUACACAACGUUCGACGAGACGACCUCCAACACAACCGCCGGCCCCUUCAACAUCCAGUCCCUCCUCACAACGCCCCACCCCGGAACAACCUACAUCGAGCAAAAGCCGCUCCUCAACUUCACCGCGACAAUCACGAACACCGGGGAGCGGUCCUCAGAUUACACCGCGCUCGUGUACGUCAACACCACCAACGCCGGGCCAUCGCCAUACCCGAACAAGUGGGUUGUGGGCUUCGACCGGCUCGGAGGUCUGGAGCCCGGUGAUGUCCAGACUCUCAAUGUUCCCGUGACGAUUGGGAGCGUGGCGAGGACGGAUGAGCGUGGCAAUCGCGUGCUGUAUCCGGGGACGUACGAGCUGGCGUUGAAUAACGAGCGCAGUGUUGUGGUGUCUUUUGAGCUGGUGGGGGAGCAGGCGGUUGUUUUGAGUUGGCCUGGGGAUGGGACGGAGGGGUGGGUUUAUCCUGAGGAUAAAGAUGUGCAUGCGGAUGGGGGCCAGGAUGUGCUUUCCAGGUAG